ACAACAUGAUUAUUUCGCAAUCUAAAAAAUUCAACAGUGAUUUCAAAAACAAUAUCGUUUGAGGAGGCGUAAAGAUUUGAUUUAUAUCGCAAUAAAUGGAAUUUCAAUUAAUCUAACUCGUAAUGAUCAAAUGAAUCAGCCGAGUAGCACAAUACCAUAGGAACAAAUUUUUUAGAGCCGAAUUUAGAGAAUCACGUCUAUCAAAGCGUAAGCAUGUGAGUCGAAUUCGCUAAAGGUUCAUCUGAUAAUUCAUAAGACCUCAUAUCCGCUGGCUGUGAUAAGAAUAUUACAAAGGUUAACUGAAGGAAAAGUUAUUCUAAAAUAGAAAUAACUUUAUUAAAAAUUAUUAAAACGUGUGGAAAAUUGCUAAGAGAUCUACGACUUAGUCUACAAAACGGAUUAUUUUUUAAUUUAUUCCAAUGGCUACGAUAGCUGGAAUGGUCGCAGAAUUCGUGAGAAUUCUGUUGACGUUCACCCGACCGUUCUCCGACAAGAUCUUAUCUUUUGUGUACUAUCUAGUCAUGGGUCCUACAAAGCCGUUGCCACCUAUAACAAAUAAUAUUUUACUUUAUUCUGCCACAGAUCUUGCUGAGAAAAUAAGAAAAAGACAGCUCAGGUGUGAAGAUAUAAUGAAAGCUUAUGUAGAAAGAUCUCGAGAAGUUCAUCCUAUUAUCAACGCAGCAUGUGAUGAGAGGUAUGAAGCUGCAAUUCAGGAUGCCAAAGACAUUGAUAAAUUCCUUGACAGUGGCGAAAAAUCUCCCCAAGAAAUUGCUUCUGAAACACCACUACUCGGAGUGCCAUUUACCUGUAAAGAGGCUAUCGGUGUAAAAGACAUGGCCCAAACAUGUGGAAUGGUUAAGGCUAGGAAUCAUAUAGCUGAGAAAGAUUCCGUUGCUGCUGCUGAAUAUAGAAAAGCUGGAGCGAUUCCUGUGACUGUCACAAGCGUUCCCGAAACUUGCAUGUGGUGGGAGAGCGCAAAUCUGAACUUUGGAAUACCCAAAAAUCCAUACGAUAACACACGAACUGUGGGAGGAAGCUCUGGUGGUGAAGGAUCUAUCAUUUCUGCUGCCUCAGCUGUGAUUGGAAUUGGUAAUGAUAUCGCUGGCAGCAUACGAAUCCCAGCCUCUUUCUGUGGAAUUUACGGGCACAAACCAUCUAAAACUGUUAUUUCUAACUAUGGAAGUUUUCCUGAUGAUCCAGAGGAAGACGCUAAAGUUGAUGAUUUUGUGAGCACUGGUCCUAUGUGCAGAUAUGCACAAGAUCUGCCUCUGCUUACACGAGUACUGUCUGGCUACGAUAAAAGAGUUCAGUGGGAUAAAAAAGUGAACUUCAGCAACCUGAAAAUUUACUACAUGGAAAACAUACCUGGCAUACUAAAUUCGUCUAUUCCUUCUAUAACAGAGAAAGUUCGAAUGGCAGCGAAACACUUUGAAAUAACGUACGACAUAACAACCAUUCCCUUGAAGAUGGACGAAUUAGAAUACGCAUUUCCAAUUUGGGAAUGCAAAUUGCUGGAGAGGGACAUCGCCCCAUUCAAAGACUGCCUAGCCGGUGAAAGCGGCAAAAUCAACCUCUGGUGGGAACUUUUCAAAAGCAUCUUCCGACUCUCCGAUCACACGUGGCCGGCCAUCUACUUCGCCAUGGUUGACAGAAGAACCAAAGAUGCCUUUUACUACAAAUGCUUGCAGAAAUACCAAGAAUUAGAGAAGAAAUUCCAGGAAAUCUUCAGCGAAGAUGCUAUUCUCCUGAUACCGACUCAUCCAGAACCACCUCCUCAUUAUCUCAUGACCAUUCCCAAAUACCCCAAUAUUGCCUACACUUGUAUAUUCAGUAUUUUAGGUUUUCCUAGUUCGCAGAUACCCACUGGAUUUUAUAACGGAGUACCUAUUGGUAUCCAAGCUAUUAGUGGACAUUUCAAAGACCAUUUGACUCUUGCCACAGCCGUUGAGUUGGAUAAAGUAUUUGGUGGCUGGAAAAGUCCAUGUCCAGUUAUAGCUUCAUAAAUGUCCACUAAAACUUCGUUGAGUUUAUAGAACUUAUCAGUUAAAUUGUUUGUUUUCAAUAGUGUUAAAUCCUCAUUUUUAUCAUUAUAAUUGAAAUCAAAAAUGUUAUACAUCCAUGUGUAAAAUGUAGCUAAUAAAACUAUGUUUAUAAAUAUUUAUCUUAAUGACAAUGUAUAAAAACUAGAAAACGUAAUAUUAUAGCAAGGAGCUAUACGGUUCUUUAAGAUUGAAAAAUAUUUAUUGCAUCGGGUACUUUUAGUGAAAAAUAACAAUCGCAUACUUUUGGAAUAAUAUUUUCAGCUAACUGCAAUAAUGUUUUCAACAAUAUUAUGUUUCAUUUAAAAAUUACUUCGCAUGUAUUUAUCAUGAAAUAAUGACUUGUUCGAUUCAAUUUGUGGAAAUUAGUAACUCUAAAUCUGAUUACUGAAAGAUAAAUUAAACGCAAAAUUUUUGCAUUGCUUAAGUAAACUCAAUGUAUACAUUUUGUUUUAAUCAAAAAUUUAGGGGGAUUUGAACCCACUAACUUCUAGCUACAGAUCGUUUAGAAUUAAAAAUAUUUUCAUUCAAAUUUAGGUAAUUAUUAUUAAUUGAAAUGAAAAGGGAUAUACAAAAUUAUUCGUAAUAACAUAUAAAUAUAUUUUUUCAAAUACUGACAACAAACAAUUCAUUUCUUUAUUAUAUUAAGUGUUUUGCCGUGCAAGUAUUUUCAUGUGGAGCAAUCAUUUUUCAAUGGUGCUAAGGUUGCUAAGUUUGGUAACACUGUUUUUAAAUUCUUUGCUACUGUAAAUGAUUUAUAUCUUAGCAAAUGAGAACAGAACAUUUCGACGAAUACCAAGGAUUAAUUUACAUUUCCUACGCUAUUCUACUCGGUCAAAUUAAACUAUUGCGAAACACAAUAUCAAAAAUGAUAAAACUAUAAAUAUUUUAUAAGCAUAGCGUAAAAAAAACAAAUGGAAGAAUUUCUUCAGCAUUAUUUACUAUAAAAUUAUAUUAAAACUUGCUGCAUGAAAACAUGCACAAAAAUACACCCACUUUUAAAAAUGUUUGUUUUUCUUUCAUUUUUUAAUUUGUAUGACUUGUGAAUUUGUGUUGUAAUGUAACGUAAUAAACAUUAAUUUCAUCAAAA